AUGGACGGCCUUGAGAUCAGCCCCUUCAUCCAGUCCCUCCCCAAGGUCGAGAUCCAUGUCCACAUUGAGGGCACGCUUCGCCCCGCCAUCCGAUGGGCCCUCGCUCAACGUAACAAGAUACCAGUUGUCACAAAGGGCGUCACAUACCACACAUAUGAAGAGCUCCUCGAGUCCUACAAGGUCAUAUACAACCAUCGCCCCGAGCAAGGUGGGAGGAAGGACGUGCCUACCUUCCUGGAGGCGUACUUUGCUGGGUGCGAUGUAUUGAGGACAGAGGACGACUUUUACGACAUGUCCAUGGACUACCUCAAGAGAUGCUCCGAGAUGAACGUCAGAUGGGCGGAGCCAUUCUUCGAUAUCCAAGCGCAUACGAGACGGGGCAUCCCCUUUGAGCACGUGCUGAACGGGUAUCUUCGCGCCCAGCAAAAUGGCGAGAAGGAGUACGGCGUCAAGAGCAAAUGGAUCUUCUGCCUUCUCAGAGACGAGCCAGUGGAGGAGGGUGCAAAGGCAUAUGACCAAGCACUCCCGUGGGCCGACACGCCAAACGGCAAAGGGCUGUUUCACGCCGUGGGACUGGCGAGCAAUGCCUAUAAGCGACCACCCGUGCUGUUCAAGCAAUGCUUCGAGAGAGCCAAGCGUGAUGGCUUGCACAUCACGACACACUGUGACUUUGGACAAACAGACACCCACGAGCACAUUCGCCAGGCCAUCUUCGACAUUGGUAUCGAGAGGAUCGACCACGGACUCGAUGCGCUCGACGACGACAAGCUCAUCCAGGGCCUGGUGGACAGCAAUAUUGGCCUAACUCUGUGCCCCCACGCGUACCACCGACGGACAAAGACAGAGGUGCUGUUCCCCAAGCUGCGCCAGCUGCUGGGAAAGGGCGUCAUGUUCUGUAUCAACAGCGACGACCCCGUUUACAUGCACGACGUGUGGGUGGACGGCAACAUGGAGAAGGCGUACCACUAUGGGGAUCUGACCAAGGGGGAAAUGGUGGGACUGGUGCGCAAUGCUGUGCACAUGUGCUGGGCCGAUCAAACAGUCAAGGACACGAUACUGGAGGGGCUUCAGGAUAUUGGCACUGGCGAGGACCUUUAG